UUUGAACCCCCUCCUCCGGGCUUCUACACGUCAUCACACAAAGUCUCGCGGGAUUUUAGCGUAGCAGUCGACUGUAAUAGUGAGCUAAUAGUUUCGGUCGUCGUUAGCUCUCGUUAAAGCUCGAUGCAUGCAGCACAGUUGACGGAUACAUAGAGCACUAGAUGUAAUGAGGGGUGAGACAGCAGUGUGACCGCCCGGCCUGGCCUCCUGUAAGGCUGAGUGUGCUCGUCACUGUUCGGAACUGUGCUGCCGCUAACUAGCUCGGUUGCUAACAUCCGUUAACCGUGUGUGUACAGUAGAAGCAGGAAGCAGACAGCAGCUGGCCUCACAGGCUGUCCGUGUCUGCGGAGAGUUCACACACACACUGAGCCCCAACGCUCGGAGGAAAGGAAAAGGAAAAGAAUAUUUGUACUGGCCUAAGUGCAAAGAUGUCAAAGGCUCCAGAUUCUCCAGCUCGGUCCCGCUCCAGAUCAAGGUCCAGAUCCAGAUCUUACUCAAGAUCUCACUCGAGAAGCCGAUCCCGAUCCAGAUCCAGAAAACGUCGCUACAGUUCUAGAUCUCGUUCCCGUUCUCACUCUCCGUCCUACAGAAACUAUCCUACCAGGGACUACCAGAACAACAGAGGUGGGUUCAGAGGCUACAACCGAGGCUACCGGAGACCCUACCACUACCGUGGCAGAAACCGAGGCUAUUACCAACGUGGUCAUUACCAGAACAGGGGAGGAGGUGGUGGCUACGGGUAUAAGGCGAAUUGGCAGGGAGGUGGUGGAGGCUGGCAUGAUCGCCACCAUGACCAGGACCACCACUCACACAGUCCCAGGAGGGGGCGCUCACGCUCUCGCACACCCAGGAAGCGCUCAGGCAGCCGGAGCCGCUCCCGCUAUUCUGACCGCUCGUCUUCGGGGAGAUCUCGACGCUCCAGGCGUUCCAGCUACUCCUCGCGGUCCCGGUCUUCAUCACCGCGUCAUCGCAGCAGCAAGGGCAAGCCUGGCUCCAAGGAGGCUAAAGACAAGCUAGCAGAAAGUCAAGCAGAGAAAUCCGGUCAGGCAGCAGAUGGAAGUGCCAUCGAGAAGGCAUCUGGAGGUAAAUGGAUCGACUAUGACGCCAGUCCUAAACGAACCAGCCCAGACACCAAGAAUGAAGAUGCUCCCACUGGUUUAGAUGGCAAAGGACCCGGGAGCACUGGUCCUCUGUGGAAAACCAUCGGCAGCGCGUCCCCUCCAGCCAAGAGCCCCACAAAGUCGGGACAGACGGCCUCCUUCAGCGGAUUUGGGUUCUUCUCAAAGGAAGAUGUCAAAGCUGGAGAUAAGACUAUGAUCUCUGCUGCCUUCAAAAAGUUCCUGGCUGAGAAUAAAAACAAAAAGCAAGCGGCUGAGAAGGAGAAUGGUCGUGAUAAGGAGCAAAGUACCACUGACAGAGAAACAGAGAAAGGAAGCAAGUCUGGAGACCUUUUCAACAUCUCGUCCACUUUCAGCGACUCCAAGGAAGACAAGACCCUGCCUUUCUUUGACGCUGGAGAAGAGGAGUUCCUCAAAUCUCAUGGGCUGAAAGAGAGGGACAUUGAGGAGGAUGGUGAGGUUAAAACCACCCUUACAGCUCGGGACAUUUUCGGAAAGUGGGGGGACGAGCCAAGCUAUUCAACGUCCUACCCAUCCCUUAAAGAGAAAAGCCGGAGAGAUGCUGAAGAGGCAGAACCCAUAGAUCACAUGGAGGAGGAGUUGUACCGAAGCCGCAAGCACAGCUCCAAGAAAGAGGAGAAGUCCAAGAAGAAGGAGAAGAAAGAAAAGGAGAAGUCCAGAAGGAGUCCGUCCCCACCCGCCACUUCCAGAGAGAAGGAGCGGCCGCUGUUCCCCGGAGCUUUCCCUCCUCGUGAAGACUCGCCUGUACGGCACAUGUCUGCAUCGAGGGAGGACUUUGAACUCAAAAUGGGAUCUCUAGAUGAAAUGCCCAGCUCUUCCCUGUCUAAAGAUCGCCUCCUGCCCAGAGAUCUGCUCAAUCCCACGAAAAAAGAUCCAGAGUUUCGUUCCAUUUUCCAGCACAUUCAAUCAGCACAGCUCCGCCGUAGUCCCUCUGAGCUAUUUGCUCAGCACAUAGUCUCAAUCGUGCACUACAUCAAAGCGCAACACUUCCAAUCCUCAGACAUGACUUUAAGUGAGCGGUUUGCCAUGUACCAAAGAAAAGCUGCAGAGGUAGAAAUGAUGAAGCCAAGGAAGAGCCCAGAAAUCCACAGGAGAAUCGAUGUUUCCCCCAGUGCCUUUAAGAGGCACUCUCACCUGUUUGAGGAUAUGGAGGAGACGAGCUACAAGGAUCCGAGUCAAAAGUUCAAAGGCGACGUGAUGGACCUUCGCCUGGAUAUUGAAAGGCGUAAGAGGUUUGCUGGCAAGGAACGAGACUACAAGCGUGAGGGCGGCAGGAGCCCAGGAGGCUCCCGAGGGCCGAGCAGAGAGAGGUCCUCCGAGAAAUCUGGGAAACACCACAAGAAAUCCAAGAAGGGUAAAAAGAAGCGGGAUCGCUCUCCAUCCUCCUCCUCCUCUUCAUCCUCUCCAUCCCCUUAUCCUCCACCUUACAGAGGGAAAGAGUACAUGGGGGAGGGGAUGGAGCACUCAGAGGAGGGCUACAGUCACUCUCGUUAUCCUCCACGGGACUACAGUGGGCCCGCAGACAGAGGCCCUCGAGAUUAUGAGGGCCACAACCCAGAGAGAGGCCGAGGCCGUGGAUUUUUCCCCAGAGUGAGAGGGAGAGGCUGGAACAGGGGAAAUUAUCCAGGCAACAACAGCAAUGGAAACCCUGCCAAUAUGAAUCCUCCAGUGCGCCCUCCAGAGGAGGAGUGGGACCCUGAAUACACUCCUAAAAGCAGGAAAUAUUACCUGGACGGUCAACAUACUCAACAUGAUUUUCUGCCCAAGUUAAAAAAGCAUGAUGAUCGUGAUGGAGAGAAAACCUGGGUGGACAACCGUGGAAGAGGCCGGGGCUCCUUCCCGACUCGGGGACGGGGGCGCUUCGUCUACCGAAAGGGAGGCAGCAGCCCAAAGUGGACCCAUGACAUGUUCCAGGGGGGCGAAGAGGGGGAGCUUGGAGAUGACAGCAUGGAAGUUGAGCGUAAAGAAACCAAGAAUGCUGGAGACGCCUCCACCCCGAAGCAGUAGACCACUGACUUCAUCAUGUCCAUGUUCAUGAGCAUCUCUGUGUCAGAACUGUUACUGUGAUGAUAAAGGGGUUUCUCUUUGUUUCCCCCUCCACGUCAUCCCAUCAUUUAAAGGUUAAAAUGUGUUAGUGAAGUUAAAGUUAAGAAAGAACUGACAUGAACGCAGCACUGUUCCUUUUCUAUGUGAGGUUUCAGCUUCAGUGGUUUUUAUGUAACGGUGAGUUUUGUUCUUCAGUUGGUCAACUUGUAUCUUUUUAAGGGAGAAUUACUGAGGCAGCAACAUGAUCCUGAAGCAGAGGAGGAAAUAAGAGAUGCGCCUGUGCCUUAGACAGUAAUAACACAGUGAUGUGUUUAAAAGUGCAGCCCCCGCUAUGAGUCAGUCAGUGCAGGAAGGCAUUAGAUGAUGUCUAUGUCAUUAUUCAUGUGUUUCUGUUGGUUUUAGGGGCUGUAAUAAUAAAUCUUUGAUGUUACUGCAUGAAAUAUUUGAUCCAUACCUCGCUCCACGGGACCAAUCAGUAGUGGGCUCAGGGCUACUCAUCGUCAUGUCACCACACAUGAAAGUUACUAUCUGUGGAAUCCCUGAAUGAUUGCUGUUUGUCACUUAUAUUAUCCAAGUUUUUUUCAUAUAGUGCCACUUCACCUAUACUUCUCAUUAGGAAGUGAUGACAUUUUUAUGUGUGCUACAGUGUAUUCAAAUUGGUUGUAGGUGUUUUCGGUUAAAAACAAUGUGAAUUGUAAAGAAUUGACACCAGAAUCUUGAUUUGCCAUCAGCACAUCGUCCCUCAUAUCAGUUUAGGUAAGUGGCUACCUUUGUUAGAUUUUUAAUUCAAAUAAGUGUAUAGAAUUCUAAGACAUAAAUUAUUAUUUUAACAUCUGAGGAAGUCGAGGUUUAAAGUGAAUGUCUCUUUUUUUUUUUUUAAAUGGACGCAGCAGAGAAGACGUGCAGGUUCAUCCUGAAGCCAAACCCCGAAACAUGUCUGAAGAUGAAGGUGUACAUUUGUUAGGAGUUGACACAAACUAGCAGAACUAGUUUAGUGAAUGUCACUGUGCUGCUUCGUCCCACUUUGACUGUACAUACUGCAUGUACUAAACACACCUGUCCUUUCUUUAGUUUCAUCUGAAGCUCAAACUUUUUUACUCUCCUCAGAGCUUUGAUGUACUGUUUGAUUUUCAAUAGAUUGUUCUUUGAUUCAGGGCAGUUCUCUGAGUGUGUGUGUUUUUUGUUGUUGUUGUUGUUUUUGUUUGUUUGUUUUUCAACAGAUAAACAGACUAUAGAAAUGUUAGACAACUCACUGUGUUGAAUGGUUUGUGGUUUCCUUCAUUGUUUGGGGUCUCACAUGUCCUGCAGUAAAAAUCUGAAUAGCUUCAAAAUCAAACAAUUCUUUUUUUU